GCCCUCACCAUUUGGUUGGCCGGUAUCACCGGUAAAUUCGGUCGUAUUCUCUCCUUGAAGCUUCUCGAAAAACCAAACCUUGUCCUUGGAGGUUACGCUCGUGACCCGUCCAAGGUCCCCACAGCACUGGCCGGAUCGCCUCGGCUGCAGCUCUUCAAAGGCGAGGCCUUUGACGACGCGACCAUCAAGCCUUUUGUCAGUGGCUGUGAUGUUGUUGUCUGUGCCUAUCUCGGUGCCGACGACCUCAUGGUAGACAGGCAGAAGAAACUGAGCGACGCCCGUGAUGAAACUGGUGUGCCCCGAUACGCCCAUCUCGAGACCAAGAGCACAGUCAAAGGCAUCCACAUCCUGAUCGGCGGUUUUAUGGACCCUGUCCUGAGUCCCUUCUUCCAGGUCUGGGAUCCCAAGAACAGAACGUUGCGAUAUUGGGGCGAAGGCACCGAGCCGUGGGAAGGCACGUCGUAUGCCAAUGCCGCCGAGUUUACGGCAGUCAUCAUUGCCGACACCUCAGCAGUCGGCAUCAAGAAGUAUUUGGGAGAUCGGAAAACAAUUCGGCAGAUCGCUUCUACUUUUGACAUGGUCUAUGGCCUCAUGCCAAAAAUGGAGCGCCUGGGCUCCCUUGAUAAUCUCAAAGCUCGCAUGCGCGCAAAGCAAGCCUAA